AUGGCUAUUGGGUUUUUUGGUCUAACGUUCAUGGGGUAUGUUGUGGAGAUUGAUGACAUGUGUUGCGGUAGCAAAAUGAAGUUAGUGAUUGGAUAUUUCUGCAGCUAUAUUGAGUAUUUUGGCAGCCAAUAUGUUUCUGUCGGUGCGAACCCAGUCGCACCAACCGGCUGCAAUUACUUGAUGCAAGCAUUUAACACCGAUCUGAGGGUUUAA